AUGUGCCAGGAAAGUGAAAGGCGUGCUCUACUUCAGCUUAAGCAAGGCCUUGUGGACGAGUUUAAUGUUCUUGCCUCUUGGGGAAGCAAGAAAGAUUGUUGCGAGUGGAGAGGAAUAGCAUGCAACAACCAAACAGGUCAUGUCAUCACUCUAAAUCUCUCUAAUAAUUCUUCUGAUGAUUACAUUGAUGCUGAAACUUCUUUAAGAGGUGAAAUUGAUCAUUCACUACUUGAAUUGCGAUAUCUAAAUUACUUGGACCUCAGUUUUAAUGAUUUUGGAGGAAUUAUGAUUCUCAAGUUCAUUGGCUCUUUGACUCGAUUGAAAGAACUCAAACUUGCAAGAGCUAAUUUUAGUGGACAUGUUCCUUCCCAACUUGGAAACCUCUCUAAUUUGCACACUCUUGAUCUUGAAGGCAACUCUGAUGUGAGCUUUGAAAGUCUCGAGUGGUUAUCUCAUCUUUCUUCCUUGAGAUACCUUCACAUUUCUGAUAUAGAUUUGUCUGGGAAUAGAAAUUGGCCACAAUCUUUAAGCAAGCUGACUUCAGUGAUAGAGCUUCAGUUAUUUGAGUGUGAUCUCAGUGUCAAUCUAAGAUCACUUUCCUCUAUCAAUUCUUCAGCCUCUUUCCAAGCCCUUGACCUCUCUUUUAAUUCUCUUAAUUCUUCAAUAUUUUAUUGGAUAGCCAAUGUUAGCAGCAGCAACCUUGUCCAUAUUGGUUUGAGGGAAAAUGACUUACAAGGUCCCAUCCCAGAUGUUUUCACAAACAUGGCUUCUCUAAAAUUUCUUGACCUGUCUGAAAACCAACUUGAAGGUGGAAUACCAAAAUUCUUUCAAAGCUUACGCAGCUUAGAGUCCUUGCAUUUAGAGUGGAACCAAUUCUCUCAAAACAUUGAGGAGUCUAUAAAGAUCUUGUCUUGUGCUGAUAAUACACUCAUGGACUUGGACUUGAGCCAAAACCGAUUUUGGGGUUCAUUAGGGCUAGAUUUAACAAGUUUUACAGAGUUAAAAUUUUUAUCUCUUUCCCAAAAUCUGCUAAAUGGUUCUCUACCAGAGAGUAUAGGGCAACUUUCUAGCCUUGAAUCCUUGGAUGUUUCUGAUAAUUCGGCUUUGUCUAUCAAUCUGAGCUCAAAUUGGAAUCCACCAUUUCAACUUAAUGAUUUAUACAUGUCCUCUUGCAAAGUGGGCCCAGCUUUCCCCAAAUGGAUUCAAACGCAGAGAAAUCUUACUAAUCUUCAUAUCAACAAUGCUGGAUUAAUAUUGGACUCGUUGCCUGAGAAGUUCUUGGAUCAAUUUUCUGGCUUAGAGGACCUAGAUCUUUCCCUGAACCAUAUCCAUGGCAAAUUGCCGAAUUUUUCCACAAGCUUGUUGAAAUAUGUUAACUUGUCUUCUAAUCUGUUUUCUGGUGCAUUGCCAUCAUUCCCUCCAACAAUCCAAUAUUUGAUCCUCUCGGAAAACAAGCUUUCUGGACCCCUGAGUUCCUUAUGUGCAACACAGGCUCCAAAUUUCUUCCUUCUCGACCUUUCUGUAAACCUAUUGUCAGGGGAACUUCCUAAUUGCUGGAUGCAAUUUCCGGCAUUAGAGUUGCUGAAUUUAGGAAAGAAUAAAUUUUCUGGGAAACUACCAAUCUCGUUAGGCAAUUUACAAUUAUUGUGGAUAUUGCGUUUACAUGCUAGCAUUGACAUUUCAAGCAAUCACUUGGUUGGGGAUAUUCCUGAAAAUAUAACAAGCAUGCUAAAGUUGAAUUCUCUAAACCUCUCAAGAAACAAUUUGACAGGGAAGGUUCUUGAAAAGUUUGGUAACCUGAACAGGUUAGAAUCUCUUGAUUUGUCAAGACGCCAGAUAUCUGGGAGAAUUCCUUCAAGUUUUUCGAGCUUAAACUUUCUUAGUGUCUUGGACUUAUCAUACAACCAUUUGUCUGGAAGAAUUCCACUAGGCACUCAACUUCAGUCUUUUAAUGCUUCUGCCUAUAUGGGAAAUAGUGGACUUUGCGGACCACCACUUACACAACAAUGCCCUGGAGAUGGAACAACACAAAAUCCUGGAGUCACUACUGGUACUGAAUAUGAUGAUGAUGGUAUCAUAAGCAUGGGAUUCUUUGUCAGUACAGUGCUUGGAUUCGCCACUGGAUUUUGGAAAGUUCCUGCGCACUACUAG